AUGACUUCGACCGUAGACAGUGUGAUCAAUGCUCUAGAGAUGGAUUCCUGUCCCGAUCCUCCGCGGACUGACAAUACAAGAAUUGCUGGUACUGCUGGUGGUUUUUCUGCGGCGGAUUCCUGUUCCAAUCGUGUGCGGAGUGACAAUACAAGAAUUGCCAGUGCUGCUGGUUUUAGCAUGAGUUAUCCAAAUGCUCAGUCAAAUAGGAAGGAUUCGCCAUUUUACUCGCUUUUGGAUGUGAGGCACAUACCACCACCACCACCACCACCUACAAUGCCGCAUAUUUGGCAAUAUCCGGAGUACCGAACCUUUGCCUCUAGGUAUGCAACGUUUCAAAACUGGCCAAAAUACUUAAGGGGACCCAGCAAAACAGACUUGGCGCGAGCAGGAUUCAUCUACACUCAGUAUGGCGAUAGAGUGACCUGUUUUUGUUGUGGAAUGACAUUGAGUGAAUGGGAACCAGUGGACGACGCCUAUCGAGAACAUCUACGCUGGUCCAGAUAUUGUCAUUUUGCUCAAACGGUGGGUAGCAUGUAA